AUGGCGGUAUACAUGUCAUUCAACAAAUUUCUGUUCACCUUCUUUCCGUCUCCGGGAAAGGAGAAUCUGGGAGAGCCAGAGCGGAGGCUCCAUCUUAGCCACAAGGCCGUGCAGCCCCUUCGGGACUCGAAAGAUGAGCACGAGCUCGCGGCUACAUUUGCGCAGCUCGUCAACAGCCCGACCAAGUACGGGGCCACCCUCUGCCCGGGGCUCAGCGUCGCCCUCGGGAAAGCUCGAUGGGACCCGUGCACUGACGGCCCGCCCAAGGUCGACGGUGCUCUUUAUCCUGCUGACGAUACCCCGAGCGACGGUCUUCCUCAUUGGGAUAAGCAACGCCUGCUCAUCGACUUCACAGUCGGCGGGCCUGCCGCCGACCCGUUCGACGACGAAGACUGGUCAGCAGCGGCGAGGAAGCGCGCGGACCGAUAUAUCGCACACGUGCUCGCGCACCAGCAGCGCAUCGCGCUCUACACGCUGCUGGUGAACGGCCCGAACAUACGUCUCGCGCGCUGGGACCGCUCAGGCGCGAUCUACACCGAAAUCGUCGACUACGUCGAGAGUCCCGCAGCCCUCCGCGACGUAUUGUGGGCGUUCUCCCAACUCGGUUGCGAGGCACAAGGCAUGGAUCCCACCGCUACGCCUCUGAGUCGUGAAGACCAGGAUUACCAGUUGAUGGACGAGUUCGCAAGACCACGGGAGACAGACCUGGCCGAAGAGGAGGGGACGGAGAUUCAGAUUCCGAAGUCAGGCAAGAAAACGCCGCGCGUCUUCGCGUACGUGCGGCGCAUGUUCGCAGAGUCCAUCCAGGGCGAGUGCCCGCGUUACAAGCUACUCGUGCCGAAGAAGAACGGCAAGGAUGCCCACGCGUUCCUCGUCGGCGCGCCCACCUUCGUCGCCCCGGGGGCCAUUGGACGUGCUACGCGCGGUUAUAUUGCACUGGACCUUGAAGGAGGACGGUUUGUCUUCCUCAAGGACACAUGGCUGCCGCAGCGUGAGGACGCCUUCGACCAGAUGUUGGAGGGAAAGGCGCUCAAGAAGCUGAACAAGGCGGAGGUGAAGAACGUACCGACACUGGUAGUCCACGGGGAGCUCGGCCAACGCACGCAAACUGCAUACUAUUGGGGCGGUCGAGAUGGUCGGCCGAAAAUUCAGCGGGCAUACGCAUCUUAUACGGAGGGUUUGACAGGUCGUCCGGCUUCGGUUGCGACGUCGCGUUCGUACGGAACGUCGUAUUCAGCCAGGUCAGGAGGUUCAGGCGCACGUCCGGCGUCGUUGCGCGGGUUCCGCCAUUACCGCAUUGUUGUAGAGGAGGUGUGUAUGCCUCUGCACAGCUUCCGGACCGGCAAACAACUUCUGUCGGUGGUCAAGGAUUGUGUUGACGCCCAUUGCGAAGCGUACAAGACUAGGUCGCGGAUCUUGCAUUGCGACAUCGGCGAUGGGAACAUCCUGAUCCUGCCUACGUUGUUCAAAGUGAAGAGCGGAGAAUACACCGUCAAGUGGAAGGGUGUGCUUACGGAUUGGGAGCUUGCCAAGUGCAUGCCCUACAUUGGCGGCGAAUUGCCUUCUCCACGGAGACGUCGGCCCUCCAUAGCGGGGAGCUGGCACUGUUUCGCUGCUGCGCAUGCGCUAGACAACCCCUACGCGCUCGCGCAGGUCGAUAACGAGUUGGAGUCCUUCCUCCACGUCCUGCACUACAACGGCCUCCGCUACCUCCGCCACGAGUGCACAGACGUACCGUUGACAAUUGCGGCGCACUUCGGGGAACAAAUCCUGGAGGACGGCUGUGUGCAAGACGAGCACGCGCAGUUUCCAUACCCCUUACCCCGCUGCCAGCCCUUGAAGCGCCGGUCAAUGCGCGAGGGGGUGCUGCACGUCGCGAACCCUCCACGCUGGGACGAUGGCAUGCCUUCUGGAGGCUCCGAACUCCGUGCAGCGCAGGAGGCACAGGGUGCCUAUGAGUUCUACGUCGUAGACAAGGACGGAUUCUCCAACAUGCACCCCCUCAACAAGGUGUUGCGGACGGCGAUUCGAUGGGUUUCGGCGCGGUACCAGGCAGACGAGGAGAGGAUCCUACCGCUGCUUCGGGCGCCGUAUGCGCGGGCUAUGGAGACGCACGAGCCCCUGAGAGAGCUCAUGGACGAGGCGCUAGCGAAGCAAUGGCCGGACGAUGACAGGGUGGGCGAUCAACUGGAGCGGGAGUGCUCGAUGCUGGAGGGAGAGAACGACAGCCUCGUAGGGGCCGAGUCGGAGGCGCAAAGGUCUGUUGUGGAGGUCGUGGCUGACCUAUGGUUGAUUCAGGAGGAGGAACGGACGGAGAUGCGGGUUCAGGAACGGGAGAAGCCCGUCAGCGAGGAGCCUCCAAGUAAGCGGGUCAAGAGGGACGAACCGGUAGUGCGCAGGCCGUCCGUUUUCCCUUCCUUCAUGCGCGGCCUUGGACUGUCUCGUCAGCGCGGCCUACUACGGGCAUGA